AUGCAACGUCCAUCUUCACGCCCCGGAACCUAUACGCAGGAGAGCGCUCUGGAUGACCUGCCAGCUAUUAAAUAUGCUAUGAGCCUGUUCUUGAACUCAGACAUGGUGGAGGCGGAGCAGUAUUGCGAUGAGUUGGAUCCAAACAAGGAGCGUUUAUACAUCACUGUUGGAUAUAGCCUCAUCCAGUGCUUGAAAGCCUUUAUGUCGUAUGAGGAUAAGGACCUCGACGAAGCUUCUAUCCACGUACAACACGGGAAUCAACUCGCAGCUCGACAUCGUGCGCCACCUGCUACUAUUGUUUCCCAGGUCACCAACUUCGUGAGAGGUGCUCCAAGCCUAGAGGCAAUUAAAGCCAUGACCGCUACCCAAAGGCAUGCAGAGUUACUGUACGCCGAGAUGACUUUCGCGAAGGCUAUGCUAGCCACCGCACGCACAGGCAGCUGGCUCGCGUUUGUACGAGAAGCCGCGAGGUUCAGAGUAAUGAUUAAUCUCUAUCUCCAGCUGGGAAGAUAUGUAGACCUCAUGGACGCAGAGGCGGCAGCACGCGGAGAAGCCGAAGACCGUUCAAUUGACAGGGAUUUUCGUUCCGGUGUCGAACUUGGGGUCGGCGCGUCGAAUCUGAUCCUCAGUCUGAUGCCAAAAACUGUUAUCACCGUCGCUGAGCUGUUUGGAUAUCAAGGUAAUCGUAUGGUAGGCCUCUCACUAUUGAUGAAGUCUGGUGGAUGGACGCCGACUUCAUCAGAACCAGCGGUCAGCAUAGAAGAGGAAGGGUUGCGCCGCCCAUUAUGCGACAUUGGUCUCCUCGCAUUCCACGUCAUUCUUUCAGACUUCGUCUUCCAAGGCGUAGACCUCGCUAUAGCACGAAAUAUCCUGCAAUGGAAUCUGAGGAGGUAUCCCAAGGGCGUGUUCUUCUUAUUUGUGGAGGGACGCCUCAGGUUGCAGUGCGCACAACCAGCCCUCGCGCUUGAGAGCCACCACAAGGCGAUAGCAGUGCAGAGUCAAUACCGCAACUUCCACUACGUAUCCUUGUGGGAGAUCGCGUUUUGCAAUAUGUCUCUGUGGGAGAUGUCCGCCUCUCUGGACGCUUGGCGCAUUUUGCGGGAAGAAGCAACUUGGAGUCGUGCAUGUUACUCUUAUGGAGCUGCAGUAUGUCUCCUGGAACUUGGUGCUCCGGAAAAUGUACGAGAGGCGAAGCAAUUGCUGGAUGGUGUCCCGGGAUUGGUGCAAAAGUUGGCUGGUAAAUCAAUACCUGCCGAGAAAUUUGUUUCCCGGAAGGCCCGCCAGUUCAAGGCCCAAGGCGGGCGGUUGCUGCUCCCGGCACUUGAGUUCUGUUACAUGUUCAUGUCCAUCGAGCAGGCACCAAGAGCAGUAGUUCGGUAUAAGAUGCUCCCUGAAGUUGAGAGCGCCCUGGUCAAUCUUAAGGCUCAUGAGAGUGAUCCAGCUUCAUAUGAAGGAGGUCAGAGGUACUGGGACGAUUUUUGCCUCGCGCACUUCCUGGAGGGUGUAUGUCUGCGCUAUAUGGCAUAUCCAGAUGCGAAUGCAAUACUCGAUCCCAGAGAUGACUUCAAUAUCCCGCGAAAUACAUUAACUAUCCGAGCCAUGGAUGCGUUCAACAAGGUCCUAUCCAACUCUGCUCGCAUUCGGCUUGAUCACUAUCUCAUUUACCAUACACAUUAUGAGCUUGGACGAUUGUUCGCCCGUGUGGGAAAUGAAAAGAAAACUCGCGAACAUCUCGAACUUGUCGUGUCCCAGAAACCGUUGGAGGCUUCCCCGAAAGUUCGGAAAGGCAAGUACAGCAUGCAAACUGUUCUUGUGGUGCGAGCCGCUGCAGAAUUGGAGAAAUUAUAUCCAAAGCAGUCUUAA